AUGGGAGCAUUUAUUGCUAAGAUGUUGCUGCCUACCGUAAGCAGCUUGGUGUUUUUGCCUGCAGCCAGUGUGGCAACAAAGAGAGGCUUCCACAUGGAGGCUAUGAUCUACUUCUUUACCAUGUUCUUCACAUCGAUUUAUCAUGCAUGUGAUGGACCAGGCCUGUCUGUUUUAUGCUUCAUGAAGUACGAGAUUUUGGAGUAUUUCAGCGUUUAUGGCACAUCUAUCUCUAUAUGGGUCACAUUAUUAGCUUUAGGGGAUUUCGAGGAGCCCAAGCGCUCCACGCUCACCAUGUUUGGAGUGCUUACCUCUGCGGUAAGGAUUUAUCAGGACCGCUGGGGCUACGGUAUCUACUCUGGGCCCAUUGGCACAGCUGUGCUUAUGAUCACCGUCAAAUGGUUACAAAAAAUGAAAGAGAAGAAGGGCCUCUACCCAGAUAAAAGUGUGUACACUCAACAAGUGGGACCGGGGUGUUGCUUUGGAGCCCUGGCUUUGAUGCUUCGCUUUUAUUUUGAGGAGUGGGACUAUGCUUAUGUGCACAGCUUUUACCACCUGUCACUAGCUGUGUCCUUCGUACUGCUGCUACCCAAGAAAAACCGAUACGCAGGGACGGGCCGCAACGCAGCCAAACUCAAAUGCUAUACCCUCUGCUGCUGUGUAUGA